ACUGCGCCCGAGCAGACCUCCACUUGGCCGCUAGCAUCAUGCCAUCAAACACGUUAUUUGCAGUCUUGGGAUGGCUGGCCGUGUCACCUGCAGUCCCUUCCGCAGAGGCCUAUCGAAUCUUAGGCAUAUUUCCGGUACAAUCACGCAGCCACAAUAUCAUGUUCAAGGCCACGAUGCAGGCGCUGGUUGACAGUGGCCACGAGGUGGUCGAUCUUAGCCCCUUCCCCCUCAAGACACCCCGCGCCAACUACACCGAUGUGGACAUCUCAGCCGAGCUACCGUCGAUGGUCAACUCGAUGACGUUCAACGACAUGUCUGACCUGUCCAGGAAGGGCUUGUUUGACAUGAUCCGGGAUAGGGGAGGGGCUAACCUCUGCCGCAAAGUGUUCGAGAUGAAGCAGUUCCAGGACAUCAUCAGGGGUGCAUACGGCAAAUUCGACGUCGUGUUCACUGAAAUAUGCUGCUCUGACUGCUGGACCGUGGUUGCCCACAAACUGCAGCUUCCACUCAUCAGCAUUGCAACGCAACCAGACUUUACCCAAAUUCACGACAGGGUUGGGUCCGUCAACAAUCCGUCGUAUCUUGUUACGCCCUUCGAGCCGCUCGUCGGCAAGAUGGGUCUGUGGGAGCGGUGCCGCAACGUCCUUGCUCUCCUCACAAGCAUGUGGCUUGACAAGUGGUGGCUCCAAUACCCCAGCGACGAAGUACUUCGCGAGCUCUUCGGCGAGGACACGCCGCCUAUCUCCGAGCUCGUCCGGAACACCAGCCUCGUCAUGGUCAACGGGCACGUGAGCGUCAACCCGGCGCGACCAGUCAACCCCAACGUCAUCGAGGUGCUGGGCAUCCACCUCAGGGACAAGCCCAGCGUCAACAACAUCCCCUCGGCGAUCCGGCAGUGGAUGGACGACGCGGAGCACGGCGUCGUCUACUUCUCGCUGGGCUCGCAGGUGCGCUCCGAUUCGCUGCCCAAGGCCACCAUCGAGGCCCUGCUGGCGGCCUUCGCCGCGCUGCCGCAGCGCGUGCUCUGGAAGUACGAGGACGCCAUCCUGCAGCCGCCGCCCAACGUCAAGAUUGCGCCGUGGCUACCGCAGAGCGACGUCCUCGCCCAUCCCAAAGUGCUCGUCUUCAUGACGCACGGCGGACUCAUGGGCACCACCGAGGCGCUGUCGCUGGGCGUCCCCAUGAUCGGCAUCCCCAUCUUCGCGGACCAGGGCCCCAACAUCCUUCAGUACGCGGAACUGGGCAUCGCCCGGGAGCUGAGCCACCGGCACAUCAGCAAGGACACUGUGCUGGCCACCAUCCGCGAGUUCACCACAUCCAACAACAAUGCCCUCAGGUACCGGGAGCGUGCCAAGGAGAUCGCGGCGCGGUUCGCGGACCGACCCCGCAGCGCCGCGCGCGAGGCAGUGUGGUGGACGGAGUACGUGGUGAGAAACCAGGGAGCGCGCCACCUCCGUCCUCUGGGCGCCGACCUGCCGCUGCACCAGUACCUGCUGCUGGACGUGGUGGGCGUGUUCCUGGCCGCCGCGGCCGCCGUGCUGCUGGUCUUCGUCGCCGCCCUCAAGAAGGUCCUCCGCCUCGUGUCUCCAAAGCAGCCUCCGAGACAGAAACGAAAAACUCAAUAAGGGGCUGUUUGACACACUGAAGUCCUUACGGAUACCGUGUUUGUAAAUUACGGAGACUUUUGUGCAGCCUUGUACACAGUAAAGUUCACACAUAAAGGUCCCGUAAAGUAUGGACCUACCUUGUUCGUAAUGGACUCAAAUCUUCAAGACUUCUUAUGUUGGUUCAACAUUAAAAUAUGACAUGUUUUGAGAUAUAACUUAUACGUGCUAUUUAGAUUUUUGGGUAUGCUCUUUAAUUUUUGUUUUUGUUACUCAAAAUACUUUAUUCUGCUGGAAAUAUGUUUAUGGGUGACACGAAACAGUUCCGAGAUGGGCUCACAUGAUGUACGCACACUUGUCCGAAACGUAUUUUUCACGAUAUUCAUGCACUUCGAUUAAAUGUGCAUAGUAAACACUUAA